AUGUCUGUUCUGGGCUGUUCUAGGGUUUGCAGUGUCAUACCCUGCAGAACUCACUGUUACAUCCCUAUGAAUCCUUCUAUUGCUCUUUGUACUAAUGAUGUCAAUCCUGUCUUUGGACUCUGCUUACCCAGUAGCUACCAAGGAAACCUCUGGCUCCUGGAUAACUGCCAAGGGUCCUACGUUGAAGCCCCCAGCUGUGAAUUACCCAGCUGUGAACUCAAGACCUGCACCACUUGUUGUGAAUCAUCAAAUGCCUGUGUGCCCUGCAACUCUCCAUCACCAGGGAAAGAACAAAGUGCUUGUGAAACUCCCAACAUCAGAGCCAGCCCCAGCUGCAGCCCAUGCCCUCACAAGAAGGGGUAUGUAUCCAAUUACUACAUACCCACUCGAUAUGCAUCUAAAACCUGCCAGACCCUUCGCAAUGACAACAACUGCUUUGCACAAUGUAACUUCUUGUCCAAGAGCCACAGACCCAUAAGCUACUGCAGGCUACCCAACUUGGGUUAUAGAAACUUCCAAAAUCUUGGCUUCAUCCCCAGUGGCUUCUCACCAUCAUGUUACAUUGCCAGCAGCUGCCAACCCCAAAGCUAUUUAACAAGAAAUUUCCAAAAUCUGAAUUCCAGGACUUUAAGCUGCCGACCACUGAGCUAUUUACCUAGAAGCUACAGGUCUCUGAGCUGUAUACCUAGUACCUUCCCACCUCUAAGGUAUUUGUGCAAUGGUAUCAAACCUUGGAAUUGCUAUUGA